AUGGGGAUGGCAGGAGUUUGCAAAGGGGGCUCCCCGGCCACCAGCUGCUGCUCGUUUGUCACCGAGUGCUGCAAGCUCGGCCUCCCGAGGUGCCGGAAGAGGCGGGGCAGGAACCGCCAGAGCGGAAAUAGCGCCAUUCGCUCUUGUCGUGCGGUGAGAUCCAAUGCCGAGAACACAUCUAACAUGUCAUUUGAGGAGCUGUUGGAAUUGCAGAGCCGAGUGGUGACUAAGACACACAAACAAUUGGCAGCUGGAAACAGCACUAAGAAGCAAGGUUCUAGGCCACCUGUCCAAAAUGCGUGUGUUGCAGAUAAGCACAGGCCUCUGGAAAUGUCAGCCAAGGUCCGGGUGCCAUUUUUACGUCAAGUUGUCCCCAUCAGUAAGAAGGUAGCCCGGGACCCCCGCUUUGACGAUUUGUCAGGGGAAUAUAAUCCUGAGGUGUUUGACAAAACGUAUCAAUUCCUGAAUGACAUCCGAGCCAAAGAGAAAGAGCUUGUGAAAAAGCAAUUAAAGAAGCACCAUUCAGGUGAGGAGUAUGAGAAACUGCAGCAGCUGCUUCAUCGAAUGGAGCAGCAAGAGAUGGCACAGCAGGAACGAAAGCAACAGCAGGAGCUGCGCCUGGCUCUGAAGCAGGAGCGACGGGCUCAGGCCCAGCAGGGCCAUCGUCCAUACUUCCUGAAGAAAUCUGAGCAGCGCCAGUUGGCCCUAGCCGAGAAGUUCAAGGAGCUGAAACGCAGCAAGAAGUUAGACAGCUUCUUGAGUAGAAAAAGGCGCCGAAAUGCAGGCAAGGACAGGAGACAUCUCCCUUUGAACAAAGACUAAUAAGAAACUGUCUUCACUUCUGCCACUGCCCCAGUGAGAAGUGGGUCUGUGGGGACAGACUUGGGCUUGGCCUGUUCUGGUUCUUUCUCAUUCAAAGACAAGGAUCACAGCUGCCCCUAAAUUGGCUCAGAGAUGACUAGAGGGCUCUUGGACUGCCCCAAGGCUACAUAAGAACAGCUCAACCUUUUGCCAUGCCACACUUCCUCUGCUUGGAUCCAGUUCAUCAUGUCAUCAUGUCCUUCUCCUAUCCUUGUCUAAACCAGUGAUUCUGAUAUAGAAGAACAAGUGUCAGUGAGUGACCUUGAGGCUGGUGAAGGCCAUGGAGUCUGUUCAUGGCUCCCAGGACUGGGACUUUAUAUAGGAGCCAGUUUAUAAACAUUCCUGUCAUUCUUCUUUUUAUUCUGCCUUUUUUGUGGGGUUUGUGGGUGGCCUAGAACUGUUUUAGUGGGCCACAUAUGUCGGGUAGCAACAAAUGUAAGCCUCCUACAAAGUGAGAAGUCAGAUCAGAGACCCCUCCUAUUUAAAUCCAAAACAUGACAUAAUUUAAAGAGUGAACCAAUCCCACAAGUCAGCUACUUAGCUUUGGUUUUGGAUGCAAGGGGAGUUAGGAGAGGAGGCCAAAAAGCUUCCCCAAUAAUAUGUAUGGACAGCUGGCUCUCAAUACUUUUUGGGUCUACAAUCCAUUCUACCUAUGUGUACUGCAAAAUCCUCAAGCUGAUGAUACAGUUCAAAGUGUCCUCAGGUCGGUAGUACCUCCAGGCACCUGGCAGAAGCAAAUGCAGUCCUCUCUUGAGGAUUGUACUUUAAACCCAGAUCUCAAGGAAUUUCUUCAGAUAAAAUUUCAAGGAAUAUUAAUUUACAGUGGAAACACAAGGCACACAAAGAACCACCAUGAGCAACAAUCAAACCAACAGAGACAGAUGUUGAAAAUAAAAAAUACAAAAUAAAACAUUUUACAGAAAAACUAUGACUAAUAUCAAGAAGUACCAGAUCAAUAAAAACUAAAACUUAAAAAUAAAAAAUACACCGUAUGAAGUUAGAAACUUUAUGGUUAAACAGCAGGUUACACAUACCUAUGAACAAACUGGAAGUAGAUCUGAAGUUACACAUAUGAAGCACGCGGAUACAGAGAAAUUGUAACUAAGGUUAAAAAACAAGGGCGCUAGCGUGAGAAGGUGUGGCAUAAUCGGAGUUCCAGAAGUGACUAUUUUAAAGAGGCCGAGAAUCUUCUAGAACUGACUAUAAACCCUAAGAAGCAGGAAGCCCAGGAAAUCUCAAGCAGGAUUGAAAAAAAAUUGGAUAAAUCAUAAAUUACAGAACAUUAGGAAGACUAACAUCUAAAACACAGCUAUAAAGAAGAGGAAGAAAGGCAGAAUGAAAAGCGACAUCUAUUACUUGAUGUUGCAGGGACAGGAAAAUAUGUUUGAACUAUUAGGUUCAUAGAAACAUUAAGUAAAGGUUGGCAAGAAGCUCAAAAAUGCAUGUGUGGGGUCGGGGGAGAUCUGAGAAUUUAAAAGCACUCUAAAUCCAACCUUGUUAAUGUGAAGGUGUCACUGCUGCAACCAAAGGUACUCUCUCUCCACUUACCCUCCUGCUUUGCUCUGCACUGAGAAAUUCCCAGCAGAGGUACCUGAUUAGCUAAGCCUUGGUCACAUGGCUGCAAGGGGAUCCUGGGAAAGCAAGUAUCUGGUCUUUUACAUAUAGGAGGUGGCUCUAUCUUCAGUCUAGAUUUAUGGUGGGGCAUUUCCAAGCAGGAGAAGGAGGUUCAGAUGAAGGGUGAUCAGUAAAAUAUCUAUGUCCAUGAUAAGGCUGUAUUGGUCCCCUAAGCCUUCAAACUGCUACUUUUCAACAAAGACCCGGAAGAGACAUUGGA